UGAUGAUAAUAGGUCAGCGAUUGAAAUGAUGAAAUGAACGUGUUAUGGUUUUGCGUAUGCUAAUUUCAAGUUUUGGCAAAUAAAUUCUUUGCAUCACAUUUUGCAGUACGCCUGUAAAAAUCGCUGAAAGCGACCGGGUUACAGACUAGUGUAUUAUUUGUUAUCUUUAUAAUUUCUCCAAAUGGCUGCUGCUUUAUCAUAUGAAGACCUGCGGAAGCAGGCAAGACAACUGGAAAAUGAAAUUGACCUGAAACUGGUUGCCUUCAGUAAACUUGGAGCUGGUAUCAAAAGUCCAGUUAGCAGCAAUGCAGAUACAGUGCCCUUGUUAUCAGGAGAAGAUACUUUUGAAACUAUGUCUUUGGAAAUCGAGGAUUUGUUGAGUAGACUGACUCAAGUUAAUGAGAGAUUAUCUGAACAGCCAGUAUCAGGGGCAGCAAUGCUUCAUACCCUUCAGAGACACAGAGAAAUUUUGGCUGACUUGGCUAGAGAAUAUCGAAAAACCAAUUCUCUCAGAGAGAUCCAAAGACAAAGAGAAGAUUUACUUGGUAAUUCUGAGUCUUUCAGAACAGAUGGAGUGAAUAAUAGACGUGAUAUUUACUUGAAAGAGAAUCAACAUAUUCACAAUUCGGAUCGCUUGGUUAAUGAACAAAUAUCAAUUGCAAUGGAAACCAGGGAACAUCUCACCAGCCAACGGCAAUCUUUAAAAAGAUUACAGACUAGGUUCAAUGAUAUUUCCAAUAGGUACCCAUUGAUAAAUAGUUUGAUCCAGAGGAUUAACCUCAGAAAACGCCGUGACUCUAUCAUAUUAGGUUUAGUGAUUUCUCUUUGUACAAUCCUAUUGUUGAUUUAUACUUUCAGUUGAAAUAGUGUAGUUGUCAUCAUAAUGAAAUGAUUUGAAUUUUAUGCAUGUGAUAUAUUAUGUCUUAAAUUUUUUUCCUCAACAAAAAUAAUCAACUAAAAACCAAAUUAUCAUAAGAGAAUUUAUGUUUGUACAUUAAAUUAUAAUUAUUACCAAUAUAAUAUUUUGAGAAACUCUCAGGGUUUUGCCUUGUGCCG